CUGAUUUUCUUAUUCCGCGCAACACAGGUCCUUUGAAGAUAAAGAGCCGCACAAUAAGCGUGUUGGGAGGAGUUUCCAGAACCGAGCGACCUCAUUGGAAGSUGCGGGUAGCUGCACUGUAGACAAGUGAACCCUCAUGAGAAAAACCAAAAGUCAAUAAAUUAAAACCAGCUGAGACGGACGGGGGUUUGUAAAUACUUACAUAAUGACAAACACGUACAGAGAUUUGGGCAUUGUCCAGCAAGAUGAGGAGGACUUUGUGGACAUAUUGGAGGAGAGGAGGCUCUCYAGUGACCUUGGCUUUGCCUUCAGGACCUUCAGCCCCCCGCCUCACAAAGGCCCCCCACCCUGCACCAACGCUGAGCUUCACCGAGCUGUGCUGGACUCUCAGUAUCUGCGCUAYGUGACCAAAGAGGUCCAGCCUUUUUUCAAAGACGCAGCUUUACGCUGUGGCGACGUCAACAACCGAUCUUAA